AUGUCACCUUCCGAUCCGAAACCAGAAAUCGAUCUGGCCUUGACCAGCGCUGGUUCAACACGAGCGCCAAACCCGCCAGCGUCAGUACGUGGUGGCGAAACAGAGCCAGAAUCCAGACAUUCGACUGCGGAACGCGCUCAACCUCGUAGUGGUCGCGGCAGACAGCUUACGGCCCAGCAACAUGCCACUCUUAUUCAUUUAUGCAAUUCGCGUUCAUCUCAGGGUGCGUUCGCCCACAAGUCCAAGCAAUUCUGGGUUGGUGUGGCCAAAUCUUUCGAGGAUGAGACUGGACGCCCAUAUUCUUGGCAGUCCUGUCGUCGCAGCAUGGUGAGAUGGGAAACCGAAAAUGGGGCUUCAGGGUGUCUUGACCCAACGAUAGCGGCAGCUUCUUUGCCAAAGACAACGCUCACUUCCACGACAUCAGCAAAUUCUUCAGGAAGGCCAGCUAGGGCGGGACAUCGCAUUGUCUCACUUGUGGCGGAAGAAGAUUCCUCCUCCGCGGGCGAUGAUGGAGCAGAAGUAGAACUGCCGUCUACUCCGUUGGUGAGACGUGAUGUUAAGGCUUCCCUAGAACAUGAGAAUCAGAUCUUGCGAGUCAAUAUCAUUGACCUGGUCACCAACGGCAUGGAGGCGUUCGAGACUCAGCUAGGCCUGUAUAUGGCCGCAAUUACCAGUGAUCCAGAUGAUCUUCACCGCAUCAACCAGUCAUACACGCAUUUUCGGAGUCAAAUGGUGCAAGCGAUGGAAAAGUAUGAAAGUAGCCGCAAAUAA